AUGAACGCUCAAGUGGUUGCGAAUCAAACAAAAUUAUCACUGCUCGCCACGCAUAACUUACCUAAUUCUGUUACUUUUGUAUAUAAAAACGUAGAAGAUCUAGAUUAUCAGUCAAAUUCCGCUAAAGCGAUGGGACGACAGACGGCUCUGGGGAUUUUAGUGUUAGUUGCAUCAACGGCGGCGGCACCAGCACCGUUUACAUUACCACCAUAUGCUGAGCCAUGUUACGACCCAGAACCAAGCCCCUGCUAUCCACCUGCCCAAACCUUUAUUCCACCAUGCCCAGAACCUUUAUCUGAACCACCUUGUUUAGAAACAAAUAACCCACCUUGCCCAUUACCACGUCCUUCGCAACCCGCAGACCCUAAUCUGCCACCACCAACUCCUGGUGGCAAUGGACCGAUUAGAGUCAUGAUAUCGAAGUCAAGCAUUCCUGAAAAAUUACGCUCAGCAGGUUUCCAAGCUGUUCAAGUACCAGGUGGAACAUUUUAUAUUACCCAUUCGCCUCCAGUACUCAUUCAGCCACCUUCCAUAUUAGUUAGACCAGCUCCACUUCGUCCGAUCACUCCUGCCGCUAUUACUGUGCAACCCCCGCAACAACCACCUAUAGUGCCACCACGUAUAGUUAUAAGGCCUGCACCUUUGCCCCCUAUAACACCCCCUCCUAUCUGCGUACGUCCACCUCGGCCUGCUCCAAUCCAACCGAAACCCGUUAUUGUAAGGCCACCGAAACCAGCACCAAUUCAACCGUCACCAAUCACUGUAACGCAGCCACAGCCUUCUCCAAUAAAUCCACCCCCAAUUGUCGUCCGACAACCUACACCGCCGACAGUCCAACCGCCAACAAUAUGCAUUCCCACGUCAGCUAUUUUCAAAGGCGAACCUAGUAUAAGGUAUCCAGUUAUACCUGAACCUUGCUCUGUUCCGUGUCCAGAUCCAUGUUCUUGUCCAUACUGUUCUAGCCCGUGCCCUUAA